AUGCAGGCGCCAGUGGUGGUUAUGAACACGCAGACCCCGGGCGGGGAGCGGCAGUUUGGCCGCAAAGCUCAGCUAUCCAACAUCACAGCAGCCAAGACGGUCGCCGACAUUAUCAGAUCAUGUCUCGGCCCUAAGGCCAUGCUGAAGAUGCUGCUCGACCCCAUGGGCGGUAUCGUCCUCACCAACGACGGUCACGCUAUCCUUCGAGAGAUUGAAGUCGCGCACCCGGCAGCCAAGAGCAUGAUUGAGCUCAGCAGGACACAGGACGAGGAGGUUGGCGAUGGCACAACCACCGUCAUCAUAUUAGCGGGAGAGAUCCUCGCACAAGCUCUGCCCCAGCUUGAGCGCAACAUCCACCCCGUCGUCAUUAUCCAGGCUUUCAAGAAGGCUCUCGCCGACGCGCUCGAGAUCAUCAGUGAAAUCGCCGUCGAAGUCGACGUCAACGACGACGAGCAGAUGUACAAGAUUAUCAACUCCUCAAUUGGCACAAAGUUCGUCUCGCGAUGGUCGGACCUGAUGUGUGGCCUUGCCCUAAAGGCAGUCCGGACUGUCUCACUCGACAUUGGGUCUGGCAAGAAGGAGGUCGACAUCAAGCGCUACGCGCGUAUUGAGAAGAUUCCUGGAGGCGAAAUCGAGGAUAGUGAGGUUCUGGACGGAGUCAUGGUCAACAAAGACAUUACACACCCCAAGAUGAGGCGGAAGAUCGAGAACCCCCGUGUUCUGCUUUUGGACUGCACAUUGGAGUACAAGAAGGGCGAGAGCCAAACGAACAUUGAAGUCAGCAAAGAGGAGGACUGGAACAGGAUACUGCAAAUCGAGGAGGAGCAGGUAAAGAACAUGUGCGAUGCUAUCAUCGCCCUCAAGCCCGACCUUGUCAUCACUGAGAAGGGCGUGAGUGAUCUCGCACAGCACUACCUCGUAAAGGCCAAUAUUACCGCUAUCCGCCGGGUCCGCAAGACCGACAACAACCGUAUCGCUCGUGCAACAGGUGCGACGAUCGUCAACUCCGUCUUCUCGGCAACCGCGUCAGACAUUGGUACCGAGUGCGGUCUGUUCGAGAUUUCCAAGAUUGGCGACGAGUACUUCACCUUCCUUACAAAGUGCAAGAACCCCAAGGCUUGUACCAUCAUGCUUAGGGGUCCCUCAAAAGACAUCCUGAACGAGAUUGAGCGGAAUCUACAUGAUGCCAUGGGUGUGGCCAGGAACGUAAUAUGGAACCCCAAGCUGUGCCCAGGCGGUGGUGCCACGGAGAUGGCCAUCGCUGUCGGCCUGGACAGGAAAGGCAAGCUGAUUGAGGGCGUUGCACAAUGGCCGUACAAGGCUGUUGCCGAGGCCAUGGAAGUCAUCCCACGCACACUCAUCCAAAACUCAGGAAACAGUCCGAUCAAGGUGCUAACUCAACUACGUGCAAAGCACGCCGAGGGUUAUGAGGACGGCAAGCAAACUGGAAGCGUCUGGGGUAUCGACGGCGAUGCGGGCAAGGUCGUCGAUAUGCGGACGUACAACGUAUGGGAGCCUCUGGCGGUCAAGGAACAGAGUGUCAAGACUGCCGUUGAGAGCGCCUGUCUGCUAUUGAGGGUUGACGACAUUGUUGCCGCAAAAUCGGCGAAGCAAGUGAGCGGUCCGAUAGGGGGCGGUGAUGAUUAG